AUGGUCGUUAUUCUCGAAGAACUCCGUCGUCUCCUGAUCCCAGCAGGGCGAAGUGCCCGGGAUGCUGUAUGGAAUAGCAACCUCUUGCUUCUCGCUAUUGCUUCAGGAUUCUUCCUCGCUCUCGCGGCUUCUUAUGCGACGAAGUCAAGGCAGAAGAUGCCUCCGGGACCACCGGGUCUUCCCCUCGUCGGAAAUGUACUCCAGCUCAAGAACGAACAAUGGUUCCGGUUUAGUGAAUGGCGUCGGACAUAUGGCGACAUAUUCACUCUGAAUGUCCUUGGACAGCCCAUGAUCGUCAUCAACAGUUACGCUAUCGCCGCCGAUCUGCUUGAUCGACGCGCGAAUAAGUUCUCCGAUAGGCCCCUCAACAUAGUCGGGUGCGAGAUCAUGUCAGAUGGUCUCAUGCUCGCGUUCUCUCGCUACGGAGAGCGCUGGCGUCGUAUGCGUAAAGCGGCACAUGAGGCUGUCAACAAGGUACCCGCCCAUGGCCUCGACGAACAUUUGGAGGUCGAAGCACUCGUCCUCGCAAGAAGCUGGUUGCAGGAUCCUUCGGCUUGGGACUAUCAUCUGCGUCGCACGGCAGCCAAUACAAUGUUCUCGAGCAUGUAUGGAGACGUGCCGCUAGGUGAAGCCGAUGCUCAAUUUGAUUUCAUCACGCAGUACAACGAGAAGAUUACUAGGGCCAUUGCUCCAGGAUCGUACUGGGUUGAGAUUCUUCCGUGGAUGCGUUACAUCCCGAGCAGAUUCGCGCCGUGGAAGCGCGUUGCCGAAGAAUGGUACCAAAGGGCCAACGACUUCUACAUGGGCUUAUUUGAGCGCGUGCAUGAAAGAAUCGCGAGCGGUAGCCAACCUGCAUCCUUCUCGUCGACUGUUCUUCAAGACACCCACCGACACGGGCUGAGUCCGCGAGAGAACGCGUGGCUUGUAGCGGGCAUGUUCGGUGCAGGCGCAGAGACAACGGCUGCAGCAAUGAGCUGGUGGACUCUGGCCAUGCUGGCUCAUCCUGAAGCUCAGAGACGCGCUCAGAACGAACUUGAUUCGGUCGUCAGUCGCAUGCGAGUGCCUGCUCUGGCCGACAAAGCACGCCUUCCAUACACUAUGGCCAUGGUCAAAGAGGUCCUCCGUUGGAGGCCGGUGACUCCCGUAGGAGUUCCGCAUGGCAGUGUAGAAAACGACAUCUACAACGGUUACUUCAUCCCGAAGGGAGCUUUGAUCAUACCGAAUGUAUGGGAGAUGAACAACGACCCGGCAUUGUUUGGCGCCGACGCUCACUCUUUCAACCCUGCACGAUACCUGAAUGAACAGGGUCAGCUUGUAUCGGGUCCUCCUGAUACCAGAGAUGACGGCCAUUUCACGUACGGAUUCGGGAGACGUAUCUGCGUUGGUAAACAUGUGGCGAACAACAGCUUGUUUAUUGAGAUAGCUACCUGCCUAUGGGCCUUCACUCUGAACAAUGUCAAAGGCCAGGUAGUUGACGUCAAUGCUUUCCACGACGAAGGGAUAGUGGUGAGGCCCGAGCCUUUUCAAAUUGAGGUCGAACCCCGAUUUCCCGAGGCGAUUGCUCUGUUGUCUCAGGAAUGUGAACUGCGGGGACGUCGAUGA